ACGUGCUCUGUUAACGAAUUCACAUUUAAGUGACAAUAAUAAAAAUAUUAUACAGAAUGCGUACCACAGUAAUAUCAACAGAAGCCAUGACGGUUAUGGACACAAUGGAAUUGCUCGACGCAGCUAUGCCGAUAUCUGAAGAUAAACAAGUAAAAAAAAACCUAAAGACUUUUACCACAAAUGCAAAUGCAACGACAUCUUGUACGAAAGCGAAAACUAUAUUAAAUUGGUUAAAAAAUAAUACAACAACAAACGUAACGAAAACCGUUGAUAACUCUGUUACCGUUACUGCAACACGAACAACAAAUAAUCAUAAUCGAUUUGACACGUUGGAAAAACAACAAAGUAGUUUAAGUGAUGAGUGUACGUGCUUAACAUUAAAAACGUUAAAUGACACUUUUGCCAACAACAACAAAAACAACAAUAACAAUAGUAAUAGCAAUAACAAAAAUAACAAACCGUUAACAUCGUUUUUAAAUUAUAACACAGACGAAGCUUUCCGCGAUUUUCGUGGUGUGCAAACACUAAGGCGCUUGUGGAAUAAACGCAUCACUGCCAAUAAGGAAUCAUCGUCAACUUUAUGCAUCAAAGCGGGGAAAGACAGCGAUCAUAAUUUCACCAAAUCUGUUAAUUGCUUAACGAACACUGCUAAUACAGGAGAACAGCCACCAGUGUCAUCAAGAAAAGAAAAAUUAACGUGCGGUUUAAGCACCAGCACGCAUAGAAACCGAGCUCAAAGUUUACACGAUUGUUCGCUUUUAUAUUCUCGAGAGUCUAUAGACUAUAGUCUGUUAACUAAUUUAGAAUUUCAAAUCCAUUUAGAGAAGGAUAACUUCUACAAGUACAAGACAGCUGAACAGGCCACUAAAUUAAGGGAAUUGUGUGAGAAUACAAAACCGCGUCGCAAAUCGAGCGUUGGUAUCGUUACAAAGGAAGGUGUUUUCUAUCCCAGUACUAAACAAGAACAUCUAUCAAGUUUGCAAAAGCACGGCAGUUGUGCGAAAACUUCGAUUGCAAUCAGCCAGUCAACCAUGGCGAUAAGAGAUUGCAAUCGUGGUAAUGCGAGCAUCUGUUUCGACGAUAGCGUCAACCUUAUCGUACUGACUGCGGCCAGAAAAAACGAACGAGACAAGGUUGACAGCAAUAAAAUGAAACAAACGUCGACAACAACAACGCAAUUGCCAACAGCAGAGGGCCAAAAUGAUACGGUCAGCAAUUACUCAACAACUACAAGCACAUUGGAAAUUAUAAACUCAACAGCAUGCGUUAGUCAAUGUCGAGUUACCAACAAAGAAUCAGCAAAAGCGUUAUGUGCGGUAAGCAAUUGUCGAGAUUCAAAUUCAUUGCCUGCCGCUUCUCCCGUAUCGCGCUCUAACACAAAGCGCUCGUCGUCAGUCGCAACACGUAAAUAUAGCUUUAGAACUCAUUCCCGUUCCUUUCAUCAUAAUACAUCUCGUAAAAUGCAUCCUUCUAAGGAUAUCACACCUUCCUUAGUUUGCAAUCAAUUUAGUUUGGUCGCAAAGCUAACGCAACAAUUUAAUGAAAUCAUUCAAAAAGAUCGUACAUUGCUAACAGAAGUUAAACGUAAAAACGGUAUCUUAAUGACCCGCGGCGGCCACGUCUAUAAAGUGCUAGAAUCACCUGCACUUACCGGUAAAACAUUUUCACCUAAUAUUAGCCGCUCGAGUUCGCGAUCUCGUGACAAACAUCUCGAGCGUGUAAAUAGCAAAUCAUCUACUGUUCAGAAAACUAUUAAAAAAUUUGAAAACGGCCGCGUAUCUAAUGCAGAUAAUACUAAGCCUAAAGUUCCCACCAAAAGUUUACAAGUACUCAAAAAGAGCAAAGAGAUUGUUUUAAGCAAACGAGCGGCAGUAACAUAUCGCAUGCCAGUUAAUAGGACUCUGUUAUUAUCAAAAGAAGCUGAAAUUAAAAUAGAUGCGAGAAAUACUUCACCACUUGAAAUAGUGAAAGAAGAAACCAAAAUUGUGCUAGAAAAUCACGGGCAGCCAUCCGAGCUUAAGGACCAAGUAAAUGAAUUAAUCAGCGAAAAGAAGACGGCGAAUAUGGUUAAUCAAAAGCAAAACGAUGGAUAUAUUUAUAUUGGUAAUGAAGAAAACCGAAAAGAAAGAAAAUAUGAUAACGUACUGAAAACAGAUGAAGAAGAUGAACAAUGUGAAGAAGAAUACACGUUACAUAGAGAGAGAGAGGAAAAGCAAGUCCAAAAAGAGCUACAUAGCGAAUUAAUGCGAACGUCAUCGGUUGGUGAUAGUAAGCUAAAAAACGAAAUCGAAAAGCAUCUCGCAAAAAAUGGAAUACCGCUAUCUGCCGACAUUGCUGCAAAAAAAGACGAUAGUCAAACAAAGACGACUGCUCUAGAAGACGAGAGAGAACUCAAGAUUGAAGAGCGAGAACAACAAAAAAAAGCGGAAAUAGUAAAGUGCGAAAGAACAGCUGCAAAUUAUAAUAUAAUGCAUAGGGAUGAAACAAAACGUUGUGAAACAUUAACAGAGUCUAAAGAUGAAGAGGACUCUUUGUCAGAAGAAAAGCUAAAGCAGCGCAAACAUAAGUAUGCGAAAAUUUAUGAAAAAUUUCGUUUUCGUUCGCCUUUCUCCAACAAAAAAACAAUAUCAGCAGGGAAAAGUAAACUGGAAAUAAACGAUUCUCCGAAAAUGCCAGAAAAUAUAAGCGAUGAGAAUGUAAAUGAAACUUUCUCCGAUGAUGUGAAAAACUCUGAUUCAAAGAGUUUUUAUGCACUAGAGAUGGUGGAUCAAAAAUUGAAAAAUCUAAAAUUGGAUAAUAAAGUUCAAUAUCCAGAAAUGAUAUUGGAUGAAAACAAUGAAUUUCAACAAGUUUCGCUGCCGAAUCAAUCAUUCGUAUUUCAAACUUCCACCAAGGAGGCGAAUGAUAAGUCGCUAGUGACGCAAGCAGUUAAUGUGGCUUUGGUCAAUAGUUUACAAAAAUGUUUGGUAUUAAAAGACAAACAAUUAAAGGAAAAUGUGCAAGAAGAAUCGUUAUAUGAAUUUAUUGGUUCUCAGCCUAAGCAAGACUUAAAAAGUGAAGAAAAAAAAGAAAAGGAAGAAAAUAUAUAUUCGAAGCGGUCAUCAUUUCUAUAUAAAACUUGUAAUGUUUUAGCGAUGAGCGAACGCAGAUCCUUAAUCGCAAAGGAUGACGCUGAGCGUGAACAAGAAGAGGAAGAUAUUUAUCAAUCUCUAGAGGAUGUUAAAGUACAAAAAACUAUUGGCCAAACUUUAGUGGAAGAAACUAGUCAAAUGGUAAAUUCUCAAAAUAUAGACGAUUAUGAAAUUAUUGAAAAUUUGGGUAUAAGAAAAAUUGAUGAUAAAGAAAAAUCGAAACAAUUUUUUGUCUUUGAUGGCUACGAAGAAUGUUUUCCUCCACUAGCGGAUGACAAUAAUAAAAGCAAUGUAACUAAUCUCGGAGUGCGUAAUACGAAUGAUGAAUUACCUGAAAUACCAAAGCCUAAAAAACGUUAUAGUAAAUCUCCUCUACCUUGUAGAAGAACAUCGAAAACGCCGUGUCUUCCAUCUGCCGAUGAUCAUUCUCAUUAUGCAGAUGAUGAGAAUAUUUAUGAUACUAUAAAAGGAUCCGAUUGUUACGAGUCAUUGCACUCAAUUAAUAACAAAUUGCAUUCGCAAACAUACGAGCCUAAAGGAGCCGACACAAUAUCCCUAACGUCGAAUUGUUAUGAAAGUAUCACCCAGUAUCGUCGAAAUGCCAAUAUCACAACUGCUACGAACAGUAGCAGUAAUAGUUCUACUCUGAGUAUAUCCUCCGAACAUAAAACGAAUAGUUUAUAUGAGGAUUUUGCAACAUCAGGAACUUUGUUGGGUUAUACUGGAACAAGCAGUAGACGCAUUUAUAGAUUAGGUACGCGUUCUGACUUAGAAGUUGGUAAAAUGUCAACAGGCGGCAAUAUUAGAUAUGCCGCUACGCAGAGCGUAGGUAGUGAUAAUAGCGAUGACUGGAUUGAUAUAACUGAUAACGAAAACACUGAUGGUGAGCAAAAAUUGUCUCAAAACAAGCUGCAAUAUAUUGUUGUACGAGAACGUUCAAAAACUCACAAGAGUCCGGAUUGGUCGAAACGUGUGAGAGAUAAGCGUUUGAAUCAUCAAAGGAAAUUUGAAAAGUUUAAUGAAGAGGAUUCCGACCAUUACUAUGAAAAGCUUUCACCACAAGUGCUUACGAAACGCCACUCCAUGCAAUUGCAAGUUAGCAAUGCUACGAUCGGCAGUCUGCAGCGUAACGAGAUUCUAGUAUCGCAACAUGGCAAGAAGUUCUCAUACUCGGCUCAGACUUUGGGCCAAAAUAUAACCGAUGAUUACGAUUCCUUUGAUACUGAUGUUGAGGAAAUUUACUUACGUGAAAAUCUGAAAAAUUCGCACAACGAUAGUGGCGUAGAUGUAAACAAUAUGAAAUUACCGGAUCCUCCGUCGAACACUAAUCAAAUGUAUGCUAUCGUUAAGAGGUUUAAAAAUUUUAUAGUCAACAAAAAGUCGUUGAACGGAUCAAAACAAAAAAUCUACGAUAAUUCAACCCAAUUUUAUGUAAAUACCAAUUAUUCCGCUUCAAACGCACCGACUAAAUGUAUUUCAGAUCAUUCUGCAAUAGAAUCAAAAUCAUUGGCUCUUACCAAAGAAUUAAGCACUUCGGAGAAAAAUCUACUAGUAGCACAAAGUAUAGUGACCACUACAGAAUCUCAUAACACAGCAACUACACCUCGUGCAAAAGUGAAAACUAAUAAAAGUUUGAGAUCGCGUAUACGCAAAAGUUUAGUAGGUUUCGACAACAAGCAGCCAUUAGCAACUCUAACGCCUACACGUAGUACAUUUUAUAUCGAAGAUCCUAGCAAUUUGGAGGACCAUCCAGGCGAAAUGGAUUCAGGUUUUUCUGAAAAGGCCUCCUCUGGAGACUUGCCAACAAAUUUACUUGAUACGAAAACGCCUAUUCUUAGGGCUGAAGGAGUAAGAAUUUGUACAACUAAUCGUAAAGCAAAAAAGGAAGCAAAAUCAGCCAUUUGUAAUCGACGACGUACCACCAUAGGUAUAAGACCUCAUGAACCGCCACCACCACCGCCUGAUAAUUCAUGUAGAAGUAGUCCGCCGACGGUUAAUGCCACGUCUUGGUACGCCGAAUGCGGUGUAUUCAAAAAUGGGAAGACCACUAAUUUAGGAAGAGAUAACCCACACGCAAACAGUAAUAAUCCUUUAAGCCUGUCGACUUCGGGAAGCACCAUUGCUUGUGGCUCUUCAUGGUAUGAAGAAGCUGGCUUAUAUCAGACGAGCGGUUUGUCAGUGGCAAGCUCGAGUGGUUCUAGUGGAGUGUCAACGGGUAAUGAAGCAGCACCAAACGACGACAUGUCAUACAGCAUGUUUAGCAAUGAACCAUUAUAUCAGAUAUACAGUGCCGCCAAAUUAGAAGCUAUAUCGCGAGAUAUGGAGCAAGAACAAGAUAACAGUUCAACUGAUGGGUAUGAAGAAAUCGGGGAUCAACGUCAUACAAGUCCCCGUAAAUCUUUAGAAAGUGAACGCAAAUUUAAUCGGCCCACUGCUUUGCAAUUGGUUGAACCGAAAUGUGGUCCAGCCCGUACAUUAUGGUGUGAAAUACCUGAAGUAAUCAAAUCUUGCAUUUUAACUACCUUAACUGCCCGCGAACGUGCCUUAAUGGAAGCCAAAUUCGAAAUUAUAACGUCUGAGGCGAGUUAUCUCAAGUCCUUAAGUCUUUUGCGAACACACUAUAUUAAUCAUCCCGUUUUUCGUGACACAAAUAUACUUAACUCACGCGAUCGCAAAUCUCUCUUCGCCCACAUAGUACCAGUGCAUGAAUGUUCGGAGAAAUUACUUACAGAAUUGGAAUCCUGCUGGCAGGAUAACAUCAUGUUGGGAGGGCUUAGCAAACAUAUCUAUGCUAUAGCCGAAAAACAUUUCCACGUUUACAUAAUUUUUUGUGAAAAUCAAGGGCGCAUGGAUCGCACUUUAAAAUGUCUGAGAGAAGCCAAAGGUCUAUUUAGUCAAAAUUUGGAUCUGCUCGAAUCGAAUCCCACCAGUUGUGGUCUCAGUUUACACUCAUUCUUAAUGUUGCCGAUGCAGCGCAUUACUCGUUUACCAUUGCUAAUCGACGCCGUUUUCAGUAAAUGUCAUCCAAACGAUGACGAGUAUGAAAGCUGGAAAAUGUGUUUAGCUAUAAUGAAUAAAGUCGUUGCGCAAUGCAAUGAUGCAGCGAAUCGAUGUGAGCAAGCCUACGAACUAGAAAAAAUAUCCAGACAAUUGGAGUUUAAUGCAGUUUUAAUAAGACCACUGGCUAUAGCACCAGCCGGUGUAGCUGCACCAGGAUCGAAGCCACGUUAUUUAGUUAAAAAAGGCGAGUUAACGCAGCUUAUUUGGAGAGGAGAUGAGGCUAAGCUGACAUUCGGCAAGAAAUUUACUAAAAGCAAUGUGUACGCUUUUCUUUUCUCCGAUUUACUGGUACUGACGAAACGCAAAGGCGAGGAGAAUUUUUCAGUAUUUGAUUAUUGUCCCCGCAGUAUGUUAACCAUAGCGUCGGGCGAUUCACUACCGCAAUUACCUACCAAAGAUUUAAAUAGUCAGUCAUCGAAAAACCUAAUUUUAAUGACACUGCUCGAAAACCAUGAACGUAAAACAGUGGAGUUGAUACUUUCUUGUCCUUCGGUAUCCGAGCAAGAACGUUGGCUGCAAGCCAUGCGUCCUCCAGAAGCUGAGACACCUGGCGAAAAACUUUAUGAACAGUGGGAUUGUCCGCAAGUUAUAACCAAACAUCCUUACGAAGCUCACGAACCCGACGUGCUUAACUUAGAAUUAGGUGACGUUGUUAAUGUAACUCGCAAGUUACCAGAUGGUUGGUAUCAUGGCGAACGUAUACGUGACGGUGCUAUUGGCUGGUUUCCAGGCAGUUAUACAGAAGAGGUUAACUCAGCCCAUGUGCGCGCUCGUAAUCUUAAGCAACGUCAUCGCUUACUUACAUUCACCGCUACAUAUUUAGAAUCACAAAAGCGUCAGAAAUGACACCAACAUAAUAGCAACUAUUCAAAAAUUUACAUCAAUUUAUGUAAAUUACAUGUUUAUGUCAAAUUUUAAAUUGCAGGAGCAAAUU